GGGGGGUAGGGGGAAAUCACAAACGGGCGGUGGGGCGGCGGCAGGUGUAGCAACCACCCAUUUGUGUAAAAGAAAAACCCAGUCAGUAUGAGUUGGGUUGUGGAGGAGUGGAAAGAAGGCCUGUCCCCUCGAGUUCUACAGAAGAUUCAUGAGCUGGAAAGUCAAGUUGACAGGCUUAAAAAGGAGCGUCAGCAAAGACAGUUCCAGUUAGAGUCUCUGGAGGUAGCUUUGGAAAAACAGAAACAGAAGGUAAUGAAGGUUGAAAAUGAAAAAAAUGAAGCUGCAACUCAGAAGAGAGAGAACCAGAGCUUGAUGGAAUUGUGCGAUAGUCUCGACAAGGCAAAGCAGAAAAUUUCACAUGACCUUAAAGUAAAAGAAUCUCAAAUCAACAUUCAAUCAGGGCAGCUGAAUGACAGCAAGAAAGAAAUUGAAAGACUAGAACAGGAACUGAAAAGAUACAAAUGUGAGCUUGAGAGAAGUCAGCAAGCGUUGAUUGCAGGAGACUUGUCAUUCAGUGGUACUCCACAGAAAAAUUUCACUACUCCUUUAACACCAGUUCAAAGUCAUAAUGAUGCUAAGUUUGAAGAAUUAGAAGAAAAAUACAAGAAAGAAGUAGAAGAAAGAAAAAAGCUAGAAUUAGAACUGAGAACCAUCCAGAAUAACAAAAUAAAUCAGCCUUAUCCUCAGCAAAGCUCUUUGAGUCACAGGGAGAUUGCUUGGCAUCAGGCUUCCUCAUCUGUGUUUUCAUGGCAACCAGAAAAGACACCAUCUAAAAAUCAAGAAACCCCUGCAAAGAGAAGUUCUACAACAUCCUAUUUUCCGUGGGAAAAGGAAACAAAUUCUAGUAUAAUAUCAGAGAAGAAGGAGUUUGACAACAGCUUUGCUGAGAAUUGUAACUCUUCACUCAUCACCCCGCUCAGAGCACAGAACCAAGAGCUAAAUCCCAAGGUUAAAGACCUAGAAAAACAACUGCAAGCUCUAGAAAAAGAGAAGAAAUCCCAUAUGAAUAAACAUCAAGAGGCUGAACUCAAGCUGGACAGAAUGAAGUUGGAAUUAACAAAGAAGGAUAAAGUCAUAAAUAAAACCAGAGAUAAAAUAACUCAAAUGACGAUGGAACUCAAUCAAGCAAUGACACAGGUCCAAAUGAUGGAGCAAAAGAUGAAAAGAUUGUCUGAAGAACUGAACUGUCAAAGACAAAAUGCUGAGAGUACUCGUCAGUCUUUAGAACAGAAAAUAAAGGCUAAGGAGAAGGAAUACCAAGAGGAACUAGCCUGUCAGCAACGUUCCUUACAAAAGCUGGAUCAGCAGAGCAGCCAUGUAAGAAACAAAUUGAACCAGGAGCUACAGCAAGCCAAAAAUGACUUCAACUCCCUGCAGGCAGAAUUUGACAAAAUAAUGGCAGUGAAGCAACGCUUGGAACGUGAUACCAGUGAUCUCACUCAGAAGCUGUGCAGAGCGGAGCAGGCUUUAUUAGCAGCCCAGGAUAAGGAAACUGACUUGACAAGAAGCUUUGAGACAACUGAACAGCUGGUGACAGUGAUGUUUCAGAACAUGAGUGAUAUAUUUGUGAAGAAGCUGAGUCUGGGGGAGAAGAAAGUGAAGCAGGAAAAAAACCUUCUGGACUUGCAAUUUGAGAAAAAAGUGCAGGAGAUCCACCAACUUGAAGAGGAACUAGAAACCGUCAAGCAAUCUCUAAAGCAGAGCCAGAAUUUUGCAGAAGAGAUGAAAAAUAAGAAUGCUUUUCAGGAAGCAGAGUUGAAGUUACUGGAAGAGAAAUUUAUAAAGCAAGCGAGCUCACCUUCUGUAGAGCAACUGAAACUAGCUUUAGCUGACAUGGAAAAGCAGCGAGAUUCUACUCAAGACCUGAUCAAGGAAAAAGAAAAUCAUAUUAAAGAACUGAACUGUAAAAUAAAUAAAAUGGAGGAAGAAUCAGAAGCUUUGCAGAGUCUCCUUGCAUUCAAACAGAGAGAAUAUGAAGAAUUAAAAAAAGAGACUAAUGCUUUUUCUCAAUGGAAAAAUGAAAAUGACAACUUACUGCAAAUCAAGGGUGAAACAGGAGAAAGAUUAGGUAACACAGAACAGAUGCGUGAAAGCUUUGUGACAGAAACUAAAGAGCAUGUUAGUAACUUGCAAGCAGAUAUUUCAGCACAUCAGACGUUUGUUGGAGAAACUUCAGCUAUUCUUGAGGAAAAGGACAUGCAACUGCAAACUCUGAAUGAAAGAUUAAAAAACCAAGAAGCAGAGCUUCAGGAUUUAAAGAUCAGUAAUAAAUUGCUUGAGGAUUCAGUAAGACAGCUGAAGCUCAUGUCUGAGACAUGGGAUUCAGAAAAGAAGGGCAUGUCGUCAAUGAUUUGUUCAUAUAAAAAAGAAAUUGAGGAAAUUACUCAAGAAAAUGCAACCAUUAGGGAUUUAAGCAGAGCUUUAGAGCAAAACCAAAUAACUUUACUGGAAGCAAAUAAAAAUAUUUCUAAUAGUUUAAAGGAAAAAGAAGAAAUCAUUUCUGAAAUGUCCAGAAAACACAAGGAGGAAAAACAAUGUAUUGACGCAAGAACUGAAGAAAUCACAAGAGAGCUGAAAGUUUUGCAAGAAAAGUAUAAAGUGGUAGAAGAAGAAAAUGUACACAUAAUGAGUAUUCUGAGAGAGCAGACAAUUGAGUUUAAGGAGAAGAAAGCAAAAUUAGAACAAGAAGAGAAACUAGUACUUAGUGAGAAUAAAGAUAUCUUACAUAAACUAAUAGCCUCAGAAGAGAUAAAAAAGGAUUUGAUUCAAGAACUUCAACAACUACAAUCAGAAUUUUCUGACAUCCAACAUGUGCCCUCUUGUGAGCUUGACUGUUUAAGACAGGAAAUAUUAAAUGUCGAGGUAAGACCAAAUGCAAUGCAAGAACAACAGGACAUUGUAUUUCAAGGCAGGAAGCAAUUGGUGAAGGAAACAGAGACAAAAAAUGAACCUCUGGUGUGUGACUUUAGUUGCAAAAGGAGGCUCUGUUCAGAACAUUUGAGGAAGUGCAUGGAAGAACAGGAUGCUGAGCUGAAUAAACACCAAUUUAAGCUUCAGCUUCUUCAAAUGGAUUUUGAGGACAGAGAACUCUCCCUAGAGAACUACAGGUUAGAAGUGGUACAACUGAAGACUGCUUUAAGGGAAAUGGAAACAGAACUUGAGAAAAGUGUGAGAGAGAACGAGAGACUGCGGAAAGAACUGUUGUCUGUUAAAAAAUUGGAAACUUCAUAUUCUCAGCUUACAGUGUUAGGUGAAGAUUGCCACUCAUUGGAGUAUAAUGAUGAUGAUGUUUCCCAGAACUGUGGCAAAAGAGAAAUGGAUGAAAGUUAUUCACCGGUCUUGUUGUCAUCCUCUUUGCAGGUAACAAUAAACAAACUGAGUGAGCUGGAAAAAAUAUGUGAGAGGUUGCAGAAUGAGAACCUUGCGUCAAUCUCUGGGUUUGAAGACUCAAAAACUGAUGGUAUCACAGAUAUUAAUAAAGUGGCAGAGGAAGAAGAGAACAUAAUGAGUAAUGCAGAUACAAAUCUAGGAGCUGAGAAAACUACUUUUUCUGAUGAAGUUACGGAUCCAAGUGAUAACAGGGAUUUGAGAAUGCAUUGUGAUAAUAAGGAAAUGUCCUUCAAAUUUAAGGAAUGCAGUGCUGGACCUAGUUCUGACUAUGAAGACUUAAAAUUGUCCAGCAAAGAAGUUAAAAUUCACUUUGCUGAAGUAAAAGAGAAAAUUUUCUCUUUCCAGAAUGAGCAUAUAAAGUUAUAUGAACAACACUGUAGUAUGAUCUCAAAGAUAUCUGAGCUACAGUCUUGCAUUGAAAUACUAAAGGCAGAAAAUUCUGCAUUGUCAACAAGUCUGAGCAAUGCUCAUACAGAUUACCUGACAGGGCCACUGUCUUCUAGCCAGAAUGGUACACAAUCUAAAUUAGAUGAAACGAAGUCCACAGUUUCUUUCUCAGGUCUCUGUUUCUCAGAAGUAAGUGAGGUUGAUAAUUCUUUUAACAGUGGUAUGUGCAAAUGGAUAGAGGAAAUUAAUCAGCUGAAAAGUUGUGCGGAAAUAAAUUCAGAAGGUGCAGCAAAUGUUUCGGUUGAAAAUUGUCAUAAUGGUACCACACUGGACUCUGUUAAAGAGCCCAGGAGCAUUACUCCCAGCACAUCUAACCUUGAGGGUAGAAUUGAAGAACUUGAAAUGCUAUGUCAGACAUAUGAGAAGGCCAUCAAAGUGCUUGAAGACCAAUUUCACAUUCAAGAGAAUAUGAAAAAUGAGGAAAUACAAGAGCUGAAAAACAUUAUACUUUCAGAGAGAAAAGAAAUAGAUCAUCUUAAACAACAAAACCUGUCAGACAAAGAGGAGUGGCAGCAGAAACUGAGUAACCUGACUACAGAAAUGGAGUGCAAACUGGCAGAAGAAAGAAAGCAAACUGAGAAUCUGUUUUUGGACUUCAAAGCAGCGCGACUCCAACUACAAGUCCUUGAUUUAAGUUCUCAUUCACUGGUGUGCGCUGAUACUGAAAAUAACGCUCAACAGGAAAACAAUAGUCUUUAUCACUUGGGAAGUCCCUCUUGGAAGCCCUUCCCUAUUGGAAGCCCAGAACUAAGAAACAAUGAACCAAAACUAAUCCCCAUUGAGAAAUCUCCUGUAGGAGACAGCUGUGUGUGUGAAAAUGUAACUGAGACUGCUGAAGCAAGAUUAGUAGAAGAUUGUUCUGAGAAGGUUUCCGGAGAACAAAAAUGUAGAAAUACAUCAGGAAAAAUCACCAGCCCUUCAUAUCACGUUAGCGCAUUGUCAUUUUCUAAUAGUAGUAUAUUUUUGGGUUCAGAGGAUUUCUUUGAAAAUCAAAUAAGCACUGAAGCUCUUCAGGAGGAGGCAAAGCAACAAACUGCUGAAAAUUUGAAGCUGAUCUGCGAGACAGAAGAAAGCAAUAAAAAUGUUGAUUUACAAAUGGAAGUCAAAAAGUUAGACUCACACCUGCACUUUCAGAAUGCACAAUUAGCUCUGGAGAGCUCAGCUUUUGCAGAACUGGAGGAAACUACUGUAGUGAAGGAAGAGAACAGUGGUGUAAAGGAGAAACCGGAAUCACUUUCUAUCAGUAACCAACAAUUAUCUCUUGAAGUACUGUCUUUAGAAAAAGAACCUGAGAAAAUGAAGUCUGAGCUGGAGAUAUAUCAAGUUAAAUUGUCUAAUGCAGCAGACACACUGGAAGAUGUUGAAAUGACCAAGGGAAACGGUCGUGAACAAUUUCUUGGAGCUGAAAAUGAGCAAAAGCAGCCAAAAUCUGAGAAAGUUAAUAUUAAGAAGCAUGCCUUUCUCAUAGAAAACGUUACUGAAAUGCUUCAGGCAAAAUGUCAGCAGUUAGAAAGGGACAGGGAAAUUGACCUAAAAACUAUUUCUGUCCUUCAAGAGCACCUUGUUUCAGUCACAGCUGAGAGAAACUAUAUUGGCCAAGAACUGUGUAUUUUGUCUGAAACUAAAAAAGAAUUGGUUCAAAAGUAUCAGAAGUUACAAGAGAAAUUAAAAGAGUUAGAGUCAACUAAGGUGGAUUCUAGUGAAAUCAUUAGAAGGUUAGAGGAUGAAGUGAGGACACAAACAAAUCUGCUUGAGCCUGCUAAAUCUGAUAUAAAUUGGCUAUCCAGUGAAAAAUGUAACCUUCUGCAGAAGUUAGGAGAGGAUGCAGUGUCUUCCAGUUUAGAAGAAAAACUUCAAAACCAAGCAGCAGAUGCGAACAAGGAGAAAGAGCUGCUUGCGAGAGAACUUGAAGUGAUGCAGAGUAAAUUAAGUGCAUCAGAAAUGGAAAAUUCAAAGCUUUCUAGAUCUUUGGAAGGCUUGUUAAUUGAAAAAGGUGAACUUGCUGCUAGACUCAACUCAGCACAGAAAGAAGUAGAUCAAAUGCGACAUGGAAUUGAGAAGCUGAAAGUAAAAAUUGAAUCUGACGAGAGGCAAAAACGCCAUGCUGCUGAAAAGCUGAAAGACAGUGAACGGAAAGUUGACUCUCUUGUGGAUAAAAUAGAGAGGCUGGAAAGAGAAUUGGAAAUGUCAGGGGAAAAUCUAGAAGAUGCCAUCAUUCAAAUGGAGACGGCUAAAACAGAGGCAGAAACGUUAACAGUAGAGAUGGAAGAGAUGGCUGAGAAGUUGAAACAUCUUCAAUUACAGAUCGAUGUUCUCACCUCACAAAACGAGUGUUUGGCAAAAGAUGUAAAAGAAAAGCAAGAAAGAAUCCUCGAACUGGAGUCUUCAAAUUUGACUACAGCAAAACUGUUAGAAGAAAAGGAGAAAGAAAAGAAGCAACUCAAGGAGGAGUUUGAAAAUUCUAUGUUACUGCUGAAAUCUGAGCUGAAAGAUGUAAGUGAGAAAUUAGAGGUUUCUUCCGAGGAGGAAGCAGUUGCCAGAGCAAAAGAGCAAAUCUUGAUUAAUCAGGUCUCUCUUCUUGAGCGAGAUAAAACAAUAUUACUGCAGGAGUGUCAGGAAAUAAAAAACGAAAAUAUCAAGUUGGAUCACACAAGGGAAUUACUUGUUCAAGAAUUUAUGGAUUGUAAACAAAAGCUGGAUGAAAAAGUACAGGAAAAUUGUGCUCUCCAGCAGCACGUGAAAGAAACAGAGGAGCUGUCUUCACAGUUGACACACAUGGAACAAGAGUGUGAAUGUUGGCACCAGGAAAAAAAAGCGCUGCAUAACUUGGUUGCUGAGCUGAAGCUAAAGGCGCAACAUUUUUCUAAUAAUGAAACCUUCCCGGAUAUCCUGAAUGUUCUAAAAGUGUCCUAUAAAGACCUUGAGAAGGAGCUGGAAUCUACUCUUCGUGAAAAGACUGCUUUAUCUAAAAAGGUAAAUGAACUGACCGAAAGUUGUAUUGAGCUGGAAGCCAUGCUAAGUGAUACUGAACAGAAGAUUUCCAAAUUACAGGAAGAAUUUACCACGGAAAAGAACAAGCUUGCUGAACAAAUACAGCUUCUCCAAGAACACUCAGAAAAGAACAAAACUGAGCUGCAUCUAACUAUGUCAGAAAAAAAUGAACUGACGAAGAGUUUGGGGAUGGUCCAGAAAGAACUACAAGAAAAAGAAAGUGAAAUGAAAAGAGAAAUAGCAGAGUACCAGGACAGACUAAUUCAAACAGAGAAAGCACUUCAGGAUGCUUUGACAGAAGCAAACAGAAAGGUUAAUAAUGCGAACUUCAUAGUUCGACUAAGGAAGAAAAAUGAACUUGCCGAGAGUAAAGUGCAGCUGUGGAUGAAAUCCUGUAAGCAUAUGGAAAAGGAAAAGGAACGGUUGCAGAAACAACUAACAAAAUGCGAAGAAAUAUUAAAGAAGAAAGAGCUAAACAUGUCGGAGAAAGAAGGUGCUGAUGAGAAUGCCAUUACAGAAGAAAUUAAGUUAAAACUGGAAGAAUUACAGGAAUCUGUAGAAGAGAAAACCAGAGAGGCAAAUGAGAACUUGGAGAAAUACUCCUCUCUAAUUGUUAAAUAUUAUAAACUAGAGCAAGUAAACGAGAUGCUAGAAACACAAGUCAUUUUGUUGAGUGGUCAGCUGAAGCAGCCAAUGAGAGAUGCUGUCAGCAGUCCUUUGCUUAAUUCAGGCAACUUAUCAACAGUGAGCAAUCAGUCUGAUCCAAGAGAUGAAGAUACUGCUGAGCUUUCAAGUAAAAGGCAGAGAUAUGAAGACACCUGGAAGGAUAAUGGAGAACCAAGAUCCCCUAUGCCAGAGUCUUCAUCAAAAGAAAAAAGGAAGGAUUCUAUCUGUCAAAACUUGCUGUGUCAGGAGAACUCAGACUGUGAGCUGGAUGGGCUUCCAGAAGUAGUGAAAAAAGGGUUUGCUGAUAUCCCCAUCGGAAAGGUUACCCCUUACAUUUUACGCAGAACAACCCUAAAUCUAGGGACCAAUCCUCGUCUGGGUUCCCCAAGUGAGAAAUUCCUCUUACCGACACAAGAUGUACAGAAAGGAUCAGAUAAUCUCGGUGAGCGCUCCUGUUCAACACCUGGUGGCAGCAAAUCACAAAAGGUAAACGGUGAACAGCACUCCCAAGCAGGGACAGCUCUUCCAGCACUGAAAUCUACUUCAAGGUCACCACUUUGCCCAUAGAAGCAAUCCACAAACACUGUCUCUGACAAUACUAAGGGAGACUCAUAUGAUUCACAAAGCCAAAAAAUCCCUAAAUGAACAAUCACUACCCAAGCAAGAUGAAAAACAAAAUUGUACGGUGCUGUAAAUCUCCGUCAAUUUGAUUACAACGCAGAACAACUGAUGAUGAAAAACCAGUUUGUCAAAUAAAUACCGGAACUAUAUGGAGGGCACCAUUUUCUCUUAUCAAAUGAUUAACAAUCUUCCGAUCUUGUUCUUGAAUAUUUACUAAUAUCAAGUCACUAAAAGUUGUGGAACGAUAGUGAAGGAACAGAUCUUCUUUGAAUUUUCUGUAAAGAAUUCUACAUGAACCUGUUAUAAAAUUAAACCUUUAAGCCAAAAAGUGGACUACAUGUUGCCUUAGAUCAUUGUUGCCAUUUGUUCUGUGUACAGAAUGAUUUACAAAUGGAAAUUAAACUCACCUGAGCAUCUCUAAAACUAUUAGGUUCCAGGAAAAAUGAGGCAAACACUAUUAGAGGUUUCAAAAUGAGGCACUGACUUCGUUUGUAACUGUAAAACAUGUGUAACCAGACAGAGGCUGGAGUGCACAGGUUCAGUGCACUGUGUUCUUGGUACCCCUUCUUCCAGAUGGAAUAACAUUGUGCAGAGAGGAGCCCUGCUCCAAACAAAUCAAUUUUCCCUGAAAUUAAGUAUCUGCCAGUCCAUCUCUUUGUACUGUCCACUAUCCUCUGGCUUUGGCUGUAGCUGAAGAUGUUACAACGAUAAUCUUCACCUCUGCAAAACGGCCCUUGGCCAGCCAGCAAUCCCCACCAAGCUGGGGUGGGAACCAUGUACCUGGCCACAAAGGAUGCUGUGACAACAAGCGGUGCUCCUUCUACAAGCAGUGGCUGCCUGCUGAUUCUCUGCAGGAAGUCACCCUUUACCCUUAAAAUCCUUGGCCUCAAAUGUGUUAUUUUAUAUGAAAACGAUUGCAGAUAGCUGACUUGUAAUUGAUUUAACAGGAGUGGAUGUGUUGGAGAAAUGGUCAGGUGUCAAGAAAUAGCUGCAUGUAAAGCCUUGAGUUGGCCCCUUUUCAUUUGAGAAAAAAUCCUAUUUUAGAUCCUAAAAGAAGGUAGGGAUAGCAAUAAUUUAGCUGGAAAUACCAUCUAAAAUUCUGGUAUUUUCAAUGUAAGAAAAUAAAUUUGUCUAGUUUAUGACUGUGCACUUGAAUUUACGAUGACUCAUUACAAAUAAGCUCACCACAGCAAGCUUGUGCUUGUUGAUUUCAGAGAUCUAAUUGGGCUUGCUCAGUAGCUCAGAGUAAUUCUGCACAGGAGAAGAGGGUUACAUCAACUAAAUCAGUCAUUAUCCAACUGAAGAGAAAUUACUUUUCCAAUAAUUCAUCUUGCUUAUGCUUGCCUACCCAAGUAUUAGGAAAACCAAGCUGCUCUACAUGAGCAAUAGUGCUCUGAGACUUCAAGUUGUGCAGCAAAGGGACCUUCUCAUGUUGUUCCUUCAUCAGAAAGGUGUCAUUUCUUCUUUCAGCAUAGGUGGGUAAUGGCGUUUUCUACUCCUUGAAAGAGGUUUCUUAAUUUGAAGUAAAAUAUUUUUGUUCCAAGUUAAACUUCGAAGUAUAACAAGUCCUUCCCUAAUGAUACAAGGUAAGGUUCUGCUCCAAGCUGUGUUAGUGUUCCACUCGGUGUUCUUCUCUUACAAAUACGUACAAACCAGCUUUCUGCCUUGCUGACAGCAUUGUCUGCUAGAAUACUGUUUAUGAGAACAAACUGAUUUUCUCGUCAGUCUAACUGAAAGAUCUUUAAAGAAAUUCAACAUUUGUCUCAAAUGAGCCUAACGAUAACACAGACAAAAUAUUCCAUGUAGUUAAAAGGAACAAAAACUUCAAGUUAUCCUUCAGUAACUAGAUACACCUACGGCUGGCAUCAGAUCAGUAGAUCUUGUGGCUUUUUCUUAAGCUUCUUCACUUGUUUGUGAACCCAGAUAUUAGGUAAUCAAAACAAUCCUUGUGGCACUAUGCCUAGAGGCAUCUUCAAGGGAGCCUGAAAGAGGCCCAGCUUAACGCAUUUUGAUUGCCUCAGCGUCUGUCAGUGUACCAACAAAGCUGCUCAUAACAGUUCAAUUAUUUCAGAUAAAGCUUUGUAUAUUCAAAUUGUUUAGGGAUUGUGCAAAGAACUGUAGCAUUUUUUUUUUUAAAUAACUCUCAUUACAAAGCAGAUCUUGAGGUAGAAGCAUGAGUAGGAGAAUGCAUUGGUAACAGACAAUAGAAAAAAAAAAAAAACACUGGAGUGUUUUAUUUAUCCCAAUCUUUUUCUAUUUUCAUCUGAUGCCUUGAAAAGUGUCCCACUUGGAGAAGAGUGUGGAAAAAACAUCUAUGUUUAGAAAGCUGUCUAAUCUUAACCAGAAAAGUUUAAACAACUAAGUUAUAAUGAAGUAAAUAUCACUAAAG